AUGCCAAAAGGUCUUUUUGCUUUCAUUCGUCUUUUUAUGCUCUUACUCAGUUUCUCCAUUAUUUGCCUGGGAGUACUUUGCAUGUCCAUGAAUUGCUCCGUGUGCAGAUGUGGGAACAACAAGCUAGUGUUUUACUGCCUGUUAGGUUUGGGGCUCUGUCUCCUUGUUACUGGCAUUUUCUGGAGCACUUUCCAUGAAGUCCUGACAUACAGGGCCCUUGGCAUCUUCAUUCGAAAUCCCAGCCACAGAGAACCACAUGUCUGCACCAUAGACAGGCCUGACUUCUAUCCUCCCUCUUAUGAAGACAGCAUAGAUCCUGAAAAACUCAUCUCCCCACUGUCAGUUGCCUCCACAAUAAAACAGCAAGAAUUCAUCAAUAUUCCUCCGCCUCCAUACAGUGAAAGCACUGCAGAGUUUGUCAGUGAAACAAAUGAGCAGGAACAGCCACCACCAUACACAUUAUCUCUGGAGCAACAGCAAACAGCUGGCCAAGACCCAAACCCCGGAAGGGGGUUAAAUUCUCAUAUAUUCAUGCAAGAAAUCAGUUGCCAACAGGAUACAGAUUUCCAGAGGACCUCAGGAAGAGCAACACCUGUCAAAACAUGA